CGUAGCGGAUAAGCGACCUUACGGUGUAUAAGUAGCAGUAAAAAAAAAAAAAUUAAAACAAAAAAUACAACAAAGUGUGCAUGAAGAAUAGUGAGUAAGAUAUCAGUUACGUGUGAGCAGCUAAGCGUAUAAGUACAGUUACAAAUAUAUGCACAAUUUCAAAUAUAUGUAUAUAUAAGAGCAUAUGUGUUUGUAAGACAUAAAGGAUUUUCAGUGAAAAAAGUGCGUGAGUGCGCUCCUUCUUCCUCGCCUAUACCAACAGUGCUACUUAAGAGUGUAAAAAAAAAUAAAUAAAUAAAUACAACAAUAGGCAAAUCGCAUUAAAAGUGAGUGAAAAAGUGUAACAGUAAAAGGCAAAAAUAACGCAAAAAUCUCGUGAUCAGCGAAAAACCCGUUAAGCCACACGCAUUUCAUCUAGCAACGAAAGUGUCUCGUAAAGUAAGCAAAAUACAGCGAAAAGGCAGUGCAAUACAUACCGACACAGCAGUAAUAAAGCGACUAAACGGUAAAUAAUAAUGUCACCAUUUACAAGCGAUUUGAGCGACAGCAACAACAUGAUGAGCUAUGCGGACAGCAUGCCACUGAUGGCACGCGGCAAUGUCAGCGACAAUGCCAACCGCAACAAUAGCAACAUGAACAACAACAACAGCAAUAGCAACAAUGAAGGCGACAACAGCAGCGGAUGUGACAAUAUGUCGUUGCUGAGCCGUUGCCGUCGCAACAUCAGCAUGGGUGCUAGCAAUUUGAUGAGCUACCAGAAUAUGCUCGUUAUGCUAACGGUAUUGGUGUGCGGCCUUGCCACUGUUAACGGGCUCAAGUGCCACAUGUGCGGCCAGUAUAACGAGGGCGUCGGCUCGAUUACGCCCUGUCUCAACUAUUCGGAUCAAUAUGCACAUCUCUACUUGAAGGAAUGUUCGAAGAAAAGCGAGAAAUACUGUGUGAAAUAUGUAAGCGAAUUGUCGACAGUGCGAGAUUGCGCUACUGAGUGCGUUGAGAAGGAAAUCUGGGAGACACAAACCUAUUGCUGCAACACCGAUGGCUGCAAUGGCUCUAACAACUUGCAGAUAUCUAAACCACUGCUAUUAUUACCGUUAAUAUAUGGCAUCUAUAAAGCGCUGACAGGCGCUAUCAACGAGCGACAUUAAGUUGAGGAGCAUGCGAAGAUCGUAGUAAAAGGGUUAGGCACUUACAUAUAAACAUUAAUAUGGGCAUGUAAUAACACGAAUAAUAACAGUACGAAGUAAAUUAAUAAAAAUGAAAUUGUUAAGAACUAUUUUCUUUUUAAACUAU